CGCUUCUUCUUCUUCCUCUUCUUCCUCUUCUUCUUCUUGGGCGCCGAUGGAGAAGCUUAAUUUUGUCAAAAAUGGCGUCCUUCGACUGCCCCCUGGCUUCCGCUUCCACCCCACGGAUGAAGAGCUUGUGCUUCAAUACUUGAACCGGAAGGUUCUUUCCUGCCCUUUACCGGCCUCAAUCAUCCCUGACGUCGACGUUUGCAAGGCUGAUCCAUGGGAUUUGCCUGGGAACAUGGAGCAAGAGAGGUAUUUCUUCAGCACGAGAGAAGCUAAGUACCCACAUGGGAACAGAUCAAACAGAGCGGCGGCGUCGGGGUAUUGGAAGGCCACCGGAAUCGACAAACAAAUUCUGGCUUCGAAGGCAAACCAAGUGGUGGGGUUGAAGAAAACUCUGGUUUUCUAUAGAGGAAAGCCACCCCAUGGGUCUAGAACCGAUUGGAUUAUGCACGAGUACCGUCUCGCUUCUCCACCAAUGGUUUGCUUUAAUGCUUCACAGGGAAAAACCACCCUUCAGAGUUGUGCGGCUCCAAUGGAGAAUUGGGUUCUGUGUCGCAUAUUUCUGAAGAAAAGAAAUGGGCAACAAAGCGAAGAGGAGAAGGACGCAAUAAGCAACAGAAAGUCAAGGAGGAUUGGGAAGCCUGUGUUUUAUGAGUUCAUGAGAAAGGAAAGGGGUGAGACAGACUUGAAUCUGGCUCCUUCUUCUUCAUCUUCAGGCUCCAGUGGACUCACGGAGAUUUCAAAUAAUGAAUUGGAUGAUCAUGAAGAAAGCAGCAGCAGCUGCAACACCUUCCCUUACUUCAGGAGAAAAUCUUAAAGGACUCCAUAUCUUUUUAUCUUCGCUUCAGACACCUUCCUUUGUCUGCUUUCCCAUGUCAGAAUAACAACCAUGAAAGGAAGAAGAAGGUGUUGUAGCUUUGAGGUUUGUGGUCGGAAAAUCAUAAGCCAAAAAGAGACCAAACAAACUGAAUCGGCGUUUAAGUUGUUGUUAGUUUACGCAGAGAAAGAAAUGAAAUCCAAAUUUCGAAGUCAUUUGGUAAUUAAGUGUGUUACUUAUUAGCCUACCAAAUAAUACUCUGCCUCUCUUGCUUAAUAACUUUAAACUCUCCAUUAUUGA